CAAUCACGUGACCAUUCCCGGAAGCAGAGUGCAGAACCCAGAAGGCAUGGAUGAAUGGGAUGUGUGCUUUCCUGCAGAGGAGCAAGAGCAGCCAUUGAUUUCUUGUGCCUAGGAGCUGCGGGGUGACUUUGGUCCGUGAGCAUCAAGAUCUGCAUACCUUGAAGCCAAUGUCAAGCCAGAUGCCACAAAGAGAGGAGGAGGGGGAAGGAGCAAAGCUGGGUGACAAAGAGGAGCUGAGCAGGAAGAUUAAAGAGCAAAAAGUUAUAGUUGAUGAACUUUCCAACUUGAAAAAGAACCGGAAAGUUUACAGGCAACAGCAAAACAGCAACAUAUUCUUUCUAGCAGACAGAACCCAAACGCUAUCUGAAUGCAAAAAUACAUUAGAUGAGUUGAAGAAAGCCCACCAGGAAAUGGAAAAUUCUGAAAAAGCCCGAAUCAAGAAGUAGCAAAACCAAACCCCAGUUCAAAAUGUGUGGAAUCUGCUGCCUGGUCAGCUUGUCUCAACAUCCUCCUAAUAUUUCUUUGCUGAAAGAGGACAUUUUAUGUAAUCUUAGAAGGAGAGGGCCCAGCGGUAGCCAAGAACUGGUCAAGAGUGUGCCCCACCUUCCAUAUCAUUGCUUAUUUUCUGGCCAUGUACUUCACUUAAGGGGGAAGAUGACCCCACAGCCUGUGGAAGACCCCACAAGUGAUAAUGUGCUGCUUUGGAAUGGAGAGGUUUUCAGUGGGAUCCCCGUCGAGGCUGAAGAAAAUGACACUGACAUUGUUUUUCGUCGCCUUUGUUCCUGCAUUAAUGAAUCAGACAUUCUCUCAUUGCUGUCUUCCAUCCGUGGCCCAUGGUCUUUCAUUUUUUAUCAGGCAUCCAGACAUUGUUUGUGGUUUGCCAGAGAUUUUUUUGGCCGCCGCAGUCUCCUGUGGCAGUUUAAUGAAGAGCUGGACAACAUCUUUGCUCUUACCUCCAUAAGUGCUGUUUCUGACCAUCAAUGGAAGGAGGUUCCAGCAUCAGGCAUCUUCAAAGUGGAUCUCCAGGACUGUGCGGCAACGAACACUGUGACGCUGUCAUUGUAUAAGUGGAGAUAUCCUUCUAGAGAGAAUUCAAGUGAAGAAGGAAUCAUUGGUGACUCUCAAAUGGUUUCCAAACAUUUACCAACCCGUUUGUCUCUGGUAAUAAAUGAAUCCAACACAUUGACAGCUCCUGUAGUUCCUUUGAAUAAGGAGAUAUGUAAAGUACCCCAAGAAUCCCUCUUCCUCCAUCUCAUCAGAAAUGUAGAUGAUAUGCAAGUUCUUCAGAUGUUUCUUACUGAACACCACAGGAAGAAACUAGUCCACCAAUUCAUUGAUGUAAUGAGUAGAGCAAUAAAGAGACGAGUCUUGUGUCUGGUUAGAGAUACUGAUCAAUUACGAGGAGACGUGUCAGAUGUGAGGAAGACUGAAAUUGCAAUACUUUUUUCUGGUGGUGUUGACUCCAUGCUUAUAGCAGCCCUUGCAGAUAGGCACGUUCCUAUGGAAGAACCCAUUGAUCUCCUCAAUGUGGCCUUUAUGGUUCCAGAGCAGGGACGUCAAAGUGGUUCUACGAAGAAGCACAGCAAAGGGAAAAACCAGUUGCCAUCCAGUCCAGAAGGCUUAAAUGCCAAUAACACUGUGGCUGGCAAUUCUGUACCAUCUUUUAACGUGCCUGACAGAAUUACAGGCAGGGCAGGACUGGAAGAACUGAAAAAUAUUAAUCCUUCAAGAAUAUGGAAUUUUGUGGAAAUCAAUGUUACACUUGAGGAUUUAAAAGCAAUGAGACAACAACAUAUACGUCACUUGGUUUAUCCAUUGGACACAGUUUUGGAUGAUAGCAUUGGUUGCGCUGUGUGGUUUGCUUCCAGAGGAGAAGGUCUACUUACUAACCAGGGAGAUACAAGGCCAUAUCAGAGUCCUGCAAAGAUUGUACUUACUGGGAUUGGGGCCGAUGAGCAGCUUGCUGGCUACUCCAGGCACCGCGUGUGCUUUGAAAAACAUGGUCUGGAAGGGUUGAAUGAAGAACUAGGAAUGGAACUGGGACGUAUCUCUUCAAGAAAUCUUGGACGAGAUGAUAGAGUUAUUGGAGAUCAUGGCAAAGAAGCUAGAUUUCCCUUUCUUGAUGAAGACGUCGUGUCCUUUCUUAACUCCCUCCCUGUUUGGGAGAAAGCAAACUUGGCUGUUCAUCGAGGAGUUGGGGAGAAACUGCUUUUGCGCCUGGCCGCUAUGGAGCUUGGCCUGACCGCCUCUUCCGUUCUACCAAAGAGAGCCAUGCAGUUUGGCUCCAGGAUUGCAAAGAUGGAGAACAGAAACGAAAAGGCAUCUGACAAAUGCACAAGACUCCAGACACAUUCAAUAGAGUAGCUGCACCCAGGGCUGAAGGAUACCUUUAAAAAAAUGAUUACAUAUUUGACAUUUCCAUUAAGGGCUGUUCCACACAGCCAUAUAACCCAGAAUAUCAAGGCAGGAAAUCCCACAAUAUCUGAUUGGAACUGGAAGAUAUGGUAGUGUGGACUUGGAUAAACCAAUUCAAAACAGGCAUUGUGGGAUUUCCAGCCUUGAUAUUCUAGGUUAUAUGUCUGUGUGGAAGGGUCUACGGUACUGGUUCUAUGCAGCUAUUUUGGGAUAAACCACUUUCCCAUGGAAAACAACCCAAAGAAAGGUAACAGCUAAGUUCCAUUGAUUUUCGUAAAACUCAGUCAUUACUGUACAGUCUUUGCUAUCUCAACUAUGUUCAGAAAUAUAUUUCUGUGGCAUCUACAAAAACCAAAAUAAAUAUGUAGAUUUUAAGAA